AAUUUUAUUGUCCAUAUGAAUAAGAAUUAGAACAGUCGAACAACAGAUUUCAAAGGCGCAGCAUCGAUUUUUGUAGUUAUUUUUAAUAGAUUCCAGUGAGAACAAUGAAGCUUUUACAAGCUUUUCUUAUCGCUCUGGCUUGUGGGCUAAGCUUGGCUGCCACCAACACCGAACUGGAGGUCAAAACCUAUGUCGCCAAGGCCAGCGAUCGUUUCUACAAUCUCUAUGACAAAAUCACGGCGGAAAUAUUCUCCAUUGACGAUGACGACGACAUGAAUACGGCCUUGAAUAAGUUGUCGACAAUUAAGGAGAUUGCCAAGGAAUUGGUAGAAAUAUCCGAAGAGGCAGGAGAAUUUGAUCAAAAUCAAAUCAAUGAUCCACAAUUGAAAAGAGCCCUUACGAAUCUAAGAGAAGUUGGUUCUCUGUUCGUUUUGGGUGAUGAUUAUUUUGAAUCGAUUGCUGUUGCCUUGAUGGCCCUCCAGAGUCUGGUGUCCGAUAAGGAUAUUGAACCAUAUAUGGGUGGUAUUAAUAUGCCAAAUCAAGAUGAUAGUCCUAUUGCUUACUAUCCGGAUAUCCAGAAGGUCUUCGAAACCAGUACCGAUGCUGAGGAAUUGAAAUACUAUUGGGAAGCAUUCCGGGAAAAGAACACUGUUUGGGCCUCAGUAAAUUUCUACACCAUCAUUGAGGCUAUGCAAAAGGCGGCAACUAUUUUGGAUCGUCCCGUCUUGGAUUUGUAUUAUUCGAAUUAUGACACUGAGAAAUUCCUCAAGGAAAUGGACCGAGUUAUGGAGGAACUCAAGCCCACUUAUCAACAGCUGCAUGCCUUCAUACGCAACGAGUUGUACAAGAAGUAUGGCGAUGAUGUUGUUGACCCCUAUGGACCCAUACCCGAUCAUUUGUUCGAACAGGUCUUGUCGCAGGCCUGGAAGGAGGGAAGUGUCAUUGAAACGUAUUUCCCCUUUAAAGAGUUGCCAUACUAUGAUGGGUUUGUGAAAGAUUUCACCAGUCGUCAAAUGCUCAAUACUGCCCAGGAGUUUUACAAGUCUUUGGGUUUUUCCGAUUUGGAUGAAGAUUUCCUCCAGAAUCGUCUCAAGGAACAAGAUGAAUCGGAAAGCACCAAUGGCUGCCGGGCCACAAUUGUCGAUAACACGCCCAAAGUUUUUAUGGAAUAUUGUCAAAAGGUGGAAUUCAAGAAAUUCAUGCAAAUGCAUGGUUAUGUCGGACGAAUUCAAUAUGCGCAGGAGAAGAAGAAUUUGCCCUCGUACUUCUUCAAUGCCUAUGAUUUGGAAUAUCCAGUGGGGGAAGCUGUGAUUCUGUCGGCCAGUUCACCCAAACAUUUGCAGGCCAUUGGUUUGGCCAAGGAUUCGGAUUUCAGCGAAAAAGCCCUUAUGAAUCGUCUAUUCCGCAUGGGAAUUCACACUAUACUCAAUAUUCCCGUAUUCUAUGUCCACAGCAAAAUUGUCAAUGAAUUGCUAAACGGAACAAUCGAUAUGGAGAGUGUUAACAAACGCUAUUGGAAACUCAUGGAAGAUUAUGCUGGUGUUGAGCCACCCUCAGAUCGCGAGGAAGGUUCCAUUGAUUUCCCCUACACCUUCUAUUUUGAGGUGGAAGAAAAUCACCAAACAAAGAAAUUCGUUUCAGAAAUUCUGGGUUAUCAAUUCUACAAAGCUUUAUGCCAAAAAUCAGGUCAAACAGGUCAACUGCACAAUUGCGAUUUCUAUGGCAACAAAGAUGUGGGCAAUGUUGUUAAAUCUAUGAUGACUUUGGGCUCUACCAAACCCUGGAAAGAAGUCAUAUCGAAAAUUUUAACCGAAAAGCCCAACUUAUGUGCUGAACCCCUAAUGGAAUAUUACACACCCAUUGUUGAUUGGUUGAAGACCAUUAACAAACAAAAUAAAGUCAAAAUUGGCUGGAAUGAAAGUCGACACAAGGUCCUAUAAAACUACAAAUUGGGAAGCUGUUUUUCUGAUAUAACUCUAAAGCUGUGCAGUUUUAUUGCAAAAAAUAAUAAUAAUAAUAAAUACUUUUGUUAAAUUUUUAA